AUCUCCGAAAUUUCAAAAUGGUUUUAUCCUUGAAUCGUUGGGUCGGCAAAGUCGCAGUAGUGACUGGUGCUAGUUCAGGAAUUGGAGCUGCGAUUGUAGAAGAAUUGGUAAAGGCUGGAGUUGUGGUAGCUGGACUCGCCAGAAGAAAGAAAAAAGUGGAUGAAUUGGCUAAAAAACUAAGCGGCGAAAAAGGUAAAUUGGUUGCCGUUCAAGCUGACAUCACCAAAGAACAAGAUAUCAAAACGGCAUUCGAAUAUGUUUUGAAAAACUUGGGCCCGGUCAAUAUUUUGAUUAACAAUGCCGAUCUAAGCAAAUUAACGACACUUAUUGAUGGUGACGCACAAUCCAAGAAGAAAGACUGUCGUAGAUACAAAUAUCCUUGGCUUAAGUAUUGCUACCAGAGAGGCGAUUAAACAAAUUAAACAAAAUAACGUCCAUGGUGUGUUCUCGGCCACAUUGUAGUAAAUACUCCAGGCCUGAAUGUUUACCCUGCAUCAAAAUACGCAGUUACUGCCCUGGCCGAAACUCUGAGGCAUGAAAUAAACAGCCAAAACCUAAAAAUAAAAAU